AUGAAGAGCGAUACAAAAUUGGACCUUUAUGAAAUUUUGGGGGUGGAUAAAAAUGCCAGCGUGAAGGAAAUUGCCAAAGCGUACAGAAUACUUGUGCUAAUGUACCACCCGGAUAAGUUUGCCGCCAGGAAGGGCAAGACAGAUGCCAAAGGGAAAGAGAACGGAAAGCUGGACGAACUUGAGAAGGAAACAGUGGAUGAGGAGGCAAACGAGGGGGAAGACGAAAUUGUAAAGGGUGAUGAGGAGGACGCCUCACAGAAGAGCAAACAAGACAAAGAGGAAUCGCUCACCCUGGAAAAGUGCAAAGAAAUGUUCCUUCAAAUUCAGAAGGCAUAUGAAAUAUUGAGGGACCCCGAAAAGAGGAAGAAUUAUGAUGAGUUCGGCCUGGAAGAUGAUGAAUUUAGCGAAUUUAAAAAUUAUUUUAACCCCAAAUUAUUUCAUGAAAGAAUUAAAGUAGAGGACAUAUUAAACUAUGAAAAGAAAUACAAAAAUAGUUCCGACGAGAAGGAAGACCUGAUCGAAUUUUACAACAAAUUUAAUGGAAAUUUAACCCACAUUUUGGAGUACAUUCCAUUCAGUGAAGAAGCUGACCUGACCAGGUACAUAGACAUAUACAAUAGUUUAUUCAAAUCCAAGGAAAUUAAAAAAACGCCUGACUAUGAUAAGACUUUAAAAAAUAUCAACAACAUUAUUAAAAAGUAUGCCAACUUGAAGAAGAAGGAUUCACGAGUGAAUAAAAAAAGAAAAAAUUCUGUCCCCCCCCUGGACGACUUAGUUUUGGCCAUUCGAAAUAAUGAAGCGAAAAGGACGAUAAAAAUAAACAACCUGCUUUCCAACAUUGAGAAGGAAUACCAGAAAAAGAACCCCAAGAAGAGAAAGGUCAAGCCGCCCACGGAGGAAGAGUUAAACGAAAUUAGCAAGCGCCUCGAGGAGAAUAAAAAGAAGAACGCCGCGUCGAAGAAGUUGAAGAGUUAA